AUGGCAGAAUCCGACGUCAGGUUGGAGAAGGGCAAAAAGCGCUCCCGAGCCGCGAGAGCUUGCGAGCUCUGCAGGGCCAAGAAAUACCGUUGUGAUGAGAUGAAUCCGUGCAGCAAGUGCAAGCGAUUCAACGUCGAAUGCGUGUACAAGGAUGCUGAACCGUUCCGACAGCGAAUCGGUGCAGACUCUCUGCGACCAGGGUUCGGUCUCUCUGAGAAUGCACGGCUUCGAACAGAUCAUGAGGAUGGCUUUGCGAUCGACCGCCAGCAGGUUCACGAUACUCCUUUCAGUCAUCGAAGCUCGAAUAACCAGGAGGACGAGAUUAGCGAGAUCAAUCCUCACACUUUAAACCGGGAGUAUCAUGGACCAACAUCGUCUCUGGCUUUCCUGGCCGCGUUGGAUCGAUGCACGCCAAAUGAUUCCGUUCGCGCUCAAGAGGCAAGUACGCAGGCACUGGUAUCCGCACUUCACAAUGAUACCUUCUCGCCGCAACCAGCGCCAAACUUCGAGGAUCAAUCACUCGCCCAGAGCAGGUAUUACUUUCGGCAAUCUCGUUCCUUUCUUGAUGGCUAUUUCGAGAAUCUUCACUUCAUUCAUCCACUCAUCGACCGUUCACGGUUUCUGGCCAGGUGCGAGGACCUUUGGUUUGGACGCGUCGAAAAACAGUCUCAAAGUUUCAUUGCUCUUUACUUUGCCGUAAUGGCACUCGGUGCGUUGACACGAGAAUGGAACGGUGACUCCUUCGAAGGUCUAAGCAGAUGGACCUGGUCAAGGAAAAUGUUCGAACAGGCUUCGAUCAAUCUGGGAAAUUCCCCUUCACGGGUCGACUUGGAAACGGUUCAGGCGAAUAUAAUAAUGGCCAAAGUCUGCCAAAACGAGCUCAACCCCCAUCUUGCCUACAUGUACCUUGGUCUGGCAGUGCGUACGAGCUUGUCUGCAGGGCACAACCGACAAUCCCGCAGCACCUUGACAACGUCUGAGCCGCCUGAAGACGGUGCAAUUUCCAAGACCUGGUGGGGUCUCUUUUCCCUCGAGAUUGAAACAAGCUUCGCCCUUGGCCGUCCAGAUUGCCUAGGCGCAGACAUUUAUCACAACCGUGCCCUGCCGUUGGUUGAAGACAACGAGACAGCAAUCUUGACUCCGAUGGUGGACUUGGCCAGGAUCAUUCGGAAGAUCUCUGUAUGCAUCUACCUCACGGCCACACCUAUCUCGACGAGAAUUGAGCACGCCACGAGGAUCGAGACGGAAAUGGACAAGUGGGUUCUGAACCUGCCCAAGCCCAUACGGCCCCAGCUUAACGACAUAUCGGACAACAUGGGUAUUGCAAAAGAUCCCAUGUGGGCAAAGAAGCAACGACACACAUUGAAAUUUCGCUAUUACAACGUCAAAAUGGUCCUUUACCGUCCAUGCUUGUUGCACGCUGGGCGAACCCAGGCUUCGAAAGUCAACAGAGAAGAGGGCCUCGAUCUGGCGGUGUUCAAAUGCGUGACAGCAGCCCGGAACACCAUCCGGCUAAUGCAUCAGAUGUACUGUCACGCGUCCUAUUUCCGCACCUGGUGGUACAACACAACUUAUACAUUGUAUGCGGCAUCCAUUAUCCUAGGCUACCUCAACAGGAUAGCGCCACCUGUCGAAAGGACAGAGCUGCUACAGUUGAUCAACAUGAGUAUCGAAGUGCUUGACGCCAUGGAGGAAAAUGUCGUUGCGAGGAAGGCAGCAAAACUUUUGCAGAGAACAUCCACCCAAAUACAGGAGAGUGACAAAGCCACGGAAGUAAGACCUCCCCAACAAGGGGGAAGCCCAAACCACAAUCCACUUCUGCAGCCUGACAACGACGAUGUUCACGACUUUUUCCCCGAUCUCCCCUGGGAACGAGGCAGACUUGUCACCCUGGGACGGCCGUUUUGA